AGCCAAUGAACAAAUAAUAUCCUUAAAUCUGAUUCCUUAUUGAAAAGUGAAAACUGACGUCCCCAAGAGGUCACCUUUACGUGUAAUUCACUUUUCUCUAUGGUGGUAGGCGAGCCGGUUGUUAUUUUUCGUGAUCCCGAGAUAAAUUGAUUCAAAAACAAUCAUGAGCCGUAGAUUUAUUGUUGGUGGUAACUGGAAGAUGAAUGGUGAUAAGGACAAGAUAACUGAAAUUGUCAGCAAUUUGAUGAGGGGACCAUUGGACCCUAAUGCAGAGGUUGUCAUUGGAGUGCCUUCCAUCUACCUGGCCUAUGUCAAAAGCAUCAUGCCUGAUAACAUUAGUGUAGCAGCUCAAAAUUGCUGGAAGGUGCCAAAUGGAGCUUUUACAGGUGAAGUUUCCCCUGCGAUGAUACUAGAUGUUGGUGGCGAGUGGGUUAUUCUGGGACAUUCUGAAAGGAGGACCAUUUUUAAUGAAAAGGAUGAUUUAAUUGCUGAAAAGGUCGCACAUGCCCUUGACACUGGGUUGAAUGUCAUUGCUUGUAUCGGAGAAUCUCUUGAAGAGAGGGAAUCCGGUAAAACUGAAGAGGUUGUCUUUAGGCAGAUAAAGGCCCUGUUGCCAGCCAUUGCCGACAAUUGGGAGAAUGUUGUGCUGGCCUAUGAACCGGUGUGGGCCAUUGGUACUGGCAAAACUGCCACUCCGCAACAGGCUCAAGAUGUCCAUGCAUCCCUCCGCCAUUGGCUAGCAUUGAACGUAUCGCCAGAUGUGGCUCAGAAUGUGCGUAUCCAAUAUGGAGGAUCAGUGACUGCAGCCAACGCCAAAGAACUAGCCGCUUGCUCGGACAUCGAUGGUUUCCUUGUAGGUGGGGCCAGUCUGAAGCCCGAGUUUAUAGAUAUUGUCAACGCUUCUCAGUAAGGUGUUGGUUGGGAGGAUCAUCGCGAAAGGCAGCCCCAAGUUGCCCCGUGAUCUUGGUCUCUCAUUUAAAUGUUGUGACUCCUUCUUAUGAUAUUCUUUGUAUGAGAAAUAUAAAUGUUUUCUUCACUAAAUAAGAUCAAGUGUGUGUUAAGAUUCAAACGUUAAAUAUUUUUUUUGUUAUUUCUGUACCCAAUCUCUUUCAAUCUCCUGUCUAGUACCAAUGACAGAGAACUGUUAUAGAGAAAGAAGAUGAAAGAACAAGAAGAGGAGAUACAUAUUUUUUUGGCAAUCUUGUCUUGUUUACACUUUGUCCUAGUGGUACUAAAUAAAAACAGCAUUAGGGCCAUCGGUCAGAGUUAGCAAAUGAGACUUAAGUCAUAUAUAUUAUAUUUGUUAUUAGUUGCAUAAGUAUAAUUCACUUUACCUUUUAUAUUUUAUUGUGGUUUGCUGCAGAGACAGACCCAUAAUGGUAUGUUUUUUUUGCAUUUGAAAUGCAACGCUUGUUUUUGUAAAUACACAGCGAGUUUUUUAUCGUCUUAUAUAUCUCGGCAGUUCCUUUAAUUUAUCUGACAUUACAUUGAUAUCACAAGUAUUUCUAGAUACAAAAUGUGUGCAGUUUAUGAUUUUGCAUAUUGAAUUUAUCCUUUCGGAUCCUGUGUGCAUUUGCUUAAUUUUAAUUCAUUUUUACCUCCCAGUGACUUUUUUGACAGUUUUUUUAUAAAUCACAAGACAGUAUAAGACGACAAAAAUUCACGCUAGGGACAGCUGUAUAUCGAUAUAUCUUUAUCUGUGUAAAAUCUGUAUGAUUGGAAAGAUAAGUAAAACUUACUGUUCCUAUGUUA